GAAUCUCUCUCUCUCUCUCUCUAAAAGAAGAAACAUUUUCUUGGUGUGUCUAUCUUUCCAUCAUCUCUUUACCUUUUGGUUCUUCGAAAAAGAGAAAAGGGAGAUAGAAAGAAAGAAACCCAGAGGAAGAGAAAUUCUAAGAACAGAAAUUGAGCGCUAUGCUUUUCUUUAUGGGCAUGAAUUUGUAACUUACAAGAGAUAGUAGAGUUGGGGUUUUUUUUUAUUAUUCAUUUCUUAAUAAAUAUAGUAAUUUUCUUAUUCUUCGUCUUCUUUUUUUUUUGGCGUGUGUGUUGUUUGGUAUUAAUGGGUAACUGUUUGUGUAGACUUGAGCCCUUUAAUCACAAAGUUUCUGCAAACGCUAAAUCAGAAUCACCUAAAGAACAGAGUCCAACAGAAGAAGAGACGUAUGUUAAAGAAGUUCAAAAGCUGCCAUCGAACCCAAAAGAAGUAGAAGAUCUAAGACGUGACUCUGCAGCGAAUCCUUUGAUAGCUUUCACAUACGAUGAGCUCAAGAACAUUACAAGUAACUUCAGACAAGACAGAGUUCUCGGUGGUGGAGGAUUCGGAAGUGUCUACAAAGGUUUUAUAAAAGAGGAUUUGGGUGAUCAAGAAGUUCCUCAACCACUUCCUGUAGCAGUUAAAGUUCACGACGGCGACAAUAGCUAUCAGGGUCACAGAGAAUGGCUGGCAGAGGUGAUAUUCUUGGGGCAGCUUUCGCAUCCGAAUUUGGUGAAACUGAUCGGAUAUUGCUGUGAGGAUAAUCACCGGGUGCUAAUCUAUGAGUACAUGGCUCGUGGUAGCGUCGAAAAUAAUCUGUUCUCAAGAGUGUUGCUUCCUCUUUCAUGGGCAAUUAGAAUGAAGAUUGCUUUUGGAGCAGCAAAAGGACUCGCCUUUCUUCACGAAGCAAAGAAACCAGUCAUUUAUCGCGAUUUCAAAACCUCCAACAUUCUUCUAGACAUGGAAUACAAUGCCAAACUAUCUGACUUUGGACUCGCUAAAGAUGGUCCUGUAGGAGAUAAAUCGCACGUUUCCACUCGUAUAAUGGGAACUUAUGGCUAUGCAGCUCCCGAAUACAUCAUGACAGGCCAUUUGACGCCUGGGAGUGAUGUGUACAGCUUCGGUGUAGUACUGUUAGAGCUUCUCACAGGAAGAAAAUCAUUAGACAAAUCAAGGCCUACGCGUGAGCAGAACCUCAUAGAUUGGGCUCUUCCAUUGCUGAAAGAGAAGAAGAAAGUCUUGAACAUUGUAGACCCGAGGAUGAACUGUGAAUAUCCGGUUAAAUCGGUUCAAAAGGCUGCAAUGUUAGCCUACCAUUGCCUUAACCGGAACCCAAAGGCUCGGCCUCUAAUGCGGGACAUUGUAGAUUCUUUGGAGCCUCUUCAGGCCACCGAAGAGGAGGCUUUGCUCGUCCCAACUGUUCAGAAAGCUGUAAUUACCAUCAUCGACGAAAUGCCUAAGAAUGGGUUGAAGAAAGUUGAAGAGUUGAAGAAGGUUGAGGAGGUGAAGAAAGUUACUGAAGAUGAAGAUUAUUAACAGUGCAAUUGAUCACUUGGUUUCUUUUGUUUUUUUUUUUCUUUCUUUUUCUUGAUAUACAAUCUGAAAACUACAUUGUGUUGUGUGUAUUUUGACUAAAUACAAGGUUAAGAGAGAGAUAUAUACAA